AUGUAUGUUCUUUUGAUUUCAGGCAAAAGCAAAGAAGCUGAGAUAAAAAGAAUAAACAAAGAACUAGCAAACAUUCGCUCAAAAUUUAAAGGUGACAAGGCUCUGGAUGGCUACAGUAAGAAAAAAUACGUCUGCAAGCUGCUUUUCAUCUUUCUCCUGGGGCAUGACAUUGACUUUGGUCACAUGGAGGCUGUAAAUCUGCUCAGUUCUAAUAGAUACACAGAAAAACAAAUAGGGUACCUUUUCAUCUCUGUACUAGUGAACUCUAACAGUGAGCUGAUUCGCUUAAUAAACAACGCGAUCAAGAACGAUCUGGCCAGCCGCAACCCCACCUUCAUGGGGCUAGCUCUGCACUGUAUCGCUAACGUGGGUAGCCGGGAGAUGGCGGAAGCAUUUGCUGGAGAAAUUCCAAAAAUACUUGUAGCUGGAGAUACUAUGGAUAGUGUGAAACAGAGUGCUGCGUUAUGCCUGCUGCGUCUAUAUCGAACUUCUCCUGACCUUGUCCCCAUGGGAGACUGGACAUCCAGGGUGGUACAUCUCCUCAAUGACCAGCACUUGGGUGUGGUUACUGCAGCUACAAGUCUGAUUACUACUUUGGCACAGAAGAACCCAGAAGAGUUCAAAACUUCAGUCUCUUUGGCAGUGUCAAGAUUAAGCAGAAUUGUAACCUCUGCAUCAACAGAUCUUCAAGAUUAUACUUACUACUUUGUUCCUGCUCCUUGGUUAUCUGUGAAACUUCUGAGGCUGUUACAGUGCUAUCCACCUCCAGAAGACCCUGCGGUACGUGGUCGUCUCACAGAAUGCCUGGAAACUAUUCUUAACAAAGCCCAGGAGCCACCAAAAUCUAAGAAAGUGCAGCACUCGAAUGCCAAGAAUGCUGUGCUGUUUGAGGCAAUAAGCUUAAUAAUACAUCAUGACAGUGAGCCAAAUCUACUAGUCCGUGCCUGUAACCAGCUAGGUCAGUUCUUGCAGCACCGAGAAACUAAUUUGCGUUACCUAGCACUGGAAAGCAUGUGCACGCUUGCCAGCUCUGAAUUCUCACAUGAGGCUGUGAAAACACACAUAGAAACAGUUAUCAAUGCAUUGAAGACUGAGAGAGAUGUGAGUGUGCGUCAGAGAGCUGUAGAUCUCCUGUAUGCAAUGUGUGACCGAAGCAAUGCUCAACAGAUUGUGGCUGAAAUGCUGAAUUAUUUGGAGACUGCUGAUUAUUCCAUUAGAGAAGAAAUUGUGCUAAAAGUUGCAAUUCUAGCUGAGAAGUAUGCAGUGGAUUAUACCUGGUAUGUGGAUACAAUCUUGAAUCUGAUCCGCAUUGCUGGUGACUAUGUCAGUGAAGAAGUAUGGUACCGUGUUAUUCAGAUUGUCAUUAACAGGGAUGAUGUUCAAGGGUAUGCAGCAAAGACUGUUUUUGAGGCCCUUCAAGCUCCAGCAUGCCAUGAGAAUCUUGUAAAAGUAGGUGGCUAUAUCUUGGGAGAAUUUGGAAAUCUGAUAGCAGGUGAUCCAAGGUCAAGUCCCCUCAUCCAGUUCAACUUGCUGCACUCCAAGUUUCAUCUGUGUAGUGUUCCUACCCGAGCUCUGCUUCUGUCUACCUACAUCAAGUUCGUGAACCUGUUUCCAGAAAUCAAAACAACAAUUCAGGAUGUAUUGCGCAGUGACAGUCAGCUUAAGAAUGCCGAUGUUGAGCUGCAGCAGAGAGCUGUUGAAUAUCUGAGGCUCAGUACCAUUGCCAGUACUGAUAUAUUGGCUACAGUGCUAGAAGAAAUGCCUCCCUUUCCGGAGCGGGAGUCUUCCAUUUUGGCUAAGCUGAAGAAGAAGAAGGGGCCUGGCACAGUUACUGACCUGGAAGAGAUCAAAAAGGAGAGGAGUUCUGAUAUGAAUGGAAGUGCUGAACCUGCCUCUGUCAAUGCUAGCGCUGUUUCUACUCCUUCUCCAUCUGCGGAUCUACUGGGUCUGGGUGCAGCCCCUCUUAGCAACUCAGCUCCACCACCUGCUUCUAGCGGUAGCCUGCUUGUGGAUGUAUUUUCAGAUUCAGCUUCUGCAGUUGCACCUCUUGCUCCUGGUUCUGAUGACAACUUUGCGAGCCCUGACCUGGCUUCAUCUGAGGUAGUUUCUGAGGAACCAGCUGAUACUGUGCAUGAUGCUGAUGAGCUUUUUCACAAGUUUGUGUGUAAAAAUAAUGGAGUCUUAUUUGAAAAUCAGUUGCUACAAAUUGGACUGAAGUCUGAAUUUCGGCAGAACCUGGGACGUAUGUUCAUAUUCUAUGGCAAUAAGACAUCAACUCAGUUCCUGAAUUUUACUCCAACAGUAAUCUGCUCGGAUGACCUUCAGUCAAAUAUCAAUCUCCAGACAAAACCUGUUGACCCCACAGUGGACGGAGGUGCGCAGGUGCAGCAGGUUGUGAACAUUGAGUGUGUGUCAGACUUUAUGGAAGCGCCAAUCCUGAACAUUCAGUUCAGGUAUGGUGGGACAUUUCAAAAUCUUUCAGUAAAGCUACCCAUCACACUGAAUAAGUUUUUUCAGCCUACAGAGAUGUCUUCUCAAGACUUCUUCCAGCGUUGGAAACAGCUGAGCAAUCCUAAACAAGAAGUACAGAAUAUCUUUAAAGCGAAACACCCGAUGGACGCAGAGAUCACAAAAGCAAAGAUAAUUGGCUUUGGAUCUGCUCUGCUUGAAGAGGUAGAUCCCAAUCCUGCUAACUUUGUUGGUGCUGGUAUCAUACAUACAAAAACUACUCAGAUUGGAUGCUUGCUGCGUCUUGAACCCAACCUGCAGGCACAGAUGUAUAGGCUCACACUACGAACAAGUAAAGAAGCUGUAUCUCAGAGAUUAUGUGAAUUGCUGUCAGAACAAUUUUAAUAUUAACCAUGUCAUUGUUUUGUUUUCCCAUUUAUAUCAUUGUUAUCAUACUGCAAAUAAAUGUCUUGUACAUCA